UGUGUGUGUGUGUGUUCACGCGCGCGCAUUUGGGAUAUUGUGUGGCGGGGGGAAUUGCCUAGUUUAUGUCACUGAAUAUUUAUGAAAAUAAUAAACUAUUACAAUUAUUCACAAAAGUUGACGGUGUCGUUCAAUAUUCCGUGAAUUGUAUUACAUGGUGUCAAGAGUAGAUAAUAACACAUGUGUUAUUAUUUACUCUUGAUGGUGUGGGUGGGUGCGUGCCGAUGAACGGAUUAUAUGAUUAUCAACGGAAGUGCGCGUGUCUAGGCUACACUCCGAAAUUAUAUCAGCAUUCUUCCAAGGCCCAUUAAGAUUGGCUAAAAGUAGUAGACGUACACGUCACCACUUCGGGCAAUUAUGGAUUAUGCAGAAACCGAGUGCGUGCAUGCUUUCCAUCGCUUACUGUAAAAGCGAGCCUGGGCGGAAGUGCAACCGAUCAUGUAUCAUGACCGCAAGAUUACAGAAGGUAGACGCGUCAUAUGCGCGACUAUAUGAGCCUGAAACUCAUUCAGCCGCUCGAUGCAUCAAUUCAACGUAUAUCACAUGACCUAUAUAUUAUCGCGGAAAUACAUAUUGAAUACGUUUACACAUGCAUUAUUCAGGAACACAUUUACCUGCGCUGUGUGCUGUUUGUGUCUUGCGUCGCUUUGCGUUGUGUUCCAUCGCAUUAUGAAUUGUGUUUUCACGUGUUAUGUCGCUUUGUGUUGUGUUAACUUGUGUUACAACGAUUCGUGUUUUGUUAUCCUGUUUUGCGUCGUUUUGCAUUGUGUUAUCUUAUCAUGCGUUGCGUCGCUUUGUAUUAUUGUAACUUGUGUAAUUGUAACUUGUGUUAUUGUAACUUGUGUUAUUGUAACUUGUGUUGCAUCGUUUUGUGCCGCAUGUGUAUUGCCGUGAUAAGUUGUGUUGUGUUUUGACAUACACGUAGUCGAUAUACAAUGGCUCAUUGUCUGCUUGGUCGCUUCAGUCUCCUGAGGACACAAUAACGAAACAGAAGGUCGUAAAACUGGCGUGUAAGGACAGACGAAUUGUUAGCGAAAUUCAUAGCGAGCACGAAUACGGUCUCAAAAAUACUCUCUGCCAUUGUAGAUUGAAGGUAAAUGUGUCAAUGUCACUGAGCGCAGCUUAUGAACAGUUUUUCACAGCCACCAUACAAACGAACAUUUUUCGUAUUUUUCCGCGCUACUGUUGCGUAGCCGGUACCCUACAUAAACCUUACGUUCUGUGGCUAUUGUCACUGCGGUCGUGCAUGUGCGCGCAGUAAACCAAUGUUGCCUAACCGAGGGGGCAGAACCAGUUUAAUUCACCCGCAGUGCAGAAGGCAGAUAAUUAUAUAUAUGCGUGUGUGUACGUGCGCGCGCGCGUGUGUGUGUGGUGCAAAGUUCACAGUAGUGCAUUAUUGUCACGUGUACACUUGUGCGGUGCAAGUGUACAAAUACUGAUACGGCGUGAUACGGCUUGAUAGAUGGAUCGCGCGAUCGGUAAGAACACGUUCUUUAUCGCGCUGGCGACUCUCCAGCGGAUCCACCAUCGCACUACCACUCGCCAGCGACGUACAGACAGCUAAGCUACGUCAACCAAACGACUGCGACCUCGUACAGCGAUAUACGUGCUUUAACCCAUCUGCAGCUCGCGCGGCGGCCAUGUAGGCAGAGCGCCUCUAUUCACCUGCAGCGCGUGUUACUGGUGCAUCACGUCUUUUCUCGCCAGCGCGUCCGAUAGGUGCAGAAGGUAGCAGCGGCUGCUGCGCGACUCGUCUGACACGACGUCAGUGACAUUUGUGUGCCGACCGCGUACGGAACAGCAGGAUGGAGGCGGUGACGGCGAUGCUACGAAACUCGUCGCUACGCGACGGCGACGCGUCGAAGCUGCUGCAGCAGCAGCAGGAGCGCAUCGCGUCGCUCGAGAGACUCGUCGUUGACAGGGACCUAGAGAUUGAGCGUCUGCGCUCGCAGCUCGACAAGUACCAAUCGGUGUUCACUCCCGGCGCGCCGGUGAAGAGGCCGCCGCGCAAGACACGCGGCGUCGGCAUCUCGGCCGAGCCGACGUCGGCCAGCACCGUGCAUGACAUGGUGAAUACCGAGUACCGAACAUUUCCGAAGGAAAAGAGCACAAUGCGCUUACUCAGAAAGGCAAUCCAAGAUAACGACUUCAUGAAGCAUUUGGAAUACGAUCAAAUCACAGCCACCGUGGAUUGUUUGUUUCCGGUUGAAUAUUCGCAAGGUAGCACGAUUAUCCGAGAGGGUGCAGAUGGCUCUACGGUCUACGUCAUGGAAGAGGGAACACUUGAAGUCACGAAAGGUGGUAGUAAAAUAAACACGAUAAAUGCAGGCACGGUGUUCGGAGAACUGGCUAUACUCUACAACUGCGAGAGGACUGCAUCGGUAACAGCACUAACGAACUGCAAGCUAUGGGCCAUCGACAGACCAUGCUUCCAAACUAUCAUGAUGAGGACUGGCAUGAUCCGGCACACGGAACACAUGCAAUUCCUACAAAGCUUAUAACCUACCAGCAGUUGUCGUCUACGGCUCAAGGCUUCGAUUUUAUGGCUAAUAUUUCAGAAUUACUUUAAGAACGGAGAGUGCAUCGUCAGACAGGGUGCUCGCGGUGACACAUUCUACAUCAUCUCAAAAGGCCUGGUGAAAGUGACGCACAGAGAUUCGGAUUCUGCCGUGGAAACUGAGAUUCGCACGUUACGAAAGGGCGAUUUUUUCGGCGAGAGGGCGCUGCAAGGGGAUGAGAUAAGAACCGCGAACAUCAUCGCUGUCGACCCAGACGGCGUUACCUGCUUGUGCUUGGACAGAGAUGCCUUUAAUACGCUGAUAAGUAACGUUGACGCCGUGAGAGAACAUCUGUGUGAGCAGCAGUCGAGGAAAGAUUCUGGACCUUCGUCGUACUAUGAGGAAUUCGGCCACUUAAAGUUACGGGAUCUGACAAUUAUGGGGACACUAGGCGUCGGUGGGUUUGGACGAGUCGAAUUGGUUCAGAUCUGCUCCGACGAGACUCGCUCGUUCGCUCUGAAGAUCAUGAAGAAGAAGCACAUCGUAGAGACGCGGCAGCAGUCUCACAUCAUGUCCGAGAAGCAGAUCAUGCAAUCGUGCCACUGCGACUUCAUAGUCGGCCUCUACCGGACGUUCAAGGACAGAAAAUACCUCUACAUGAUGCUAGAAUCCUGCCUCGGUGGCGAGCUGUGGACCAUCCUUAGAGAUAGGGGACAUUUUGAUGACUCAUCUACGCGGUUCUACGUGGCGUGCAUCGUCAAAGCGUUCCAGUUCCUGCAUUCUAAAGGCAUCGUGUACCGUGACCUCAAGCCAGAGAACAUCCUCCUUGACGCACGCGGCUACGCGAAGCUGUGCGAUUUCGGCUUCGCGAAAAAAAUCGGCACCGGAAGGAAGACGUGGACCUUCUGCGGGACGCCGGAGUACGUUGCGCCGGAAAUCAUCCUGAACAAAGGUCACGAUAUUUCGUCGGACUAUUGGUCGCUCGGUAUUCUCAUCUUUGAGCUGAUAACCGGGAGUCCGCCGUUUACUGGCAGCGAUGCGAUGAAGACCUACAAUCAAAUCCUGAAGGGAAUAGACACUAUUGAGUUUCCUCGGCGAGUUCUGAAGCCGGCUCAAAUACUUAUCAAACGGUUGUGCAGGGAGAAUCCGUUUGAGCGACACGGUUACCAAGGCAACGGUAUGGCGGACGUCAUGAAACAUAAGUGGUUCGAUGGCUUCAACUGGGUGGGGUUGGAGCGAUGCACACUAAAAGCUCCCAUCGUUCCGAAGGUGACCGAUCCAUUCGACAUGUCCAACUUUGACGAUUUUCCUGAGGACAACGAAACGCCGCCACCAGAUGACGUUACCGGGUGGGAUCGCGAGUUCUAGCUAUUGUCGAAUACACACAGUAUCCUUCAUGCACCAACACAAACACGCACGCACGCGUGUCUAUAUUGACGCAUGCACGCACGCCCAGACGCACUCGCCACAUCGCCUACCCACAAACGCGCGCACA